CAUGGCGGAAACACCGGAAGUAGGUCGAAGUGAACCCUCCUGUGCCUUUACCCAUCAGGGAGGAAGCUGGCCAGUGGUCUCCCUGCUUUUUCUUUUAUCCACCGGUUCCUGCAGCCCACUUAAACCCCAAACGGAGACGGCGGGAUUAGCUUUGACUGGUUCCUAACUAUUAUGGCCGAUUGCACCAACAGGACGGUGUAUGAAAUUUUCCAAAGCAUGGAGGAAGGACCAGCUGCAGCUCCUAGCGCUGCCACAGCUCAGGCCUGGCUAGAUCAUCACUCCCGCUCCCUCGGUUUCUUCAUGGAGGGGAAGUUUGUCCGCCCCGCACAGAGACAGACCCUCUCUCUGGCUGAUUCCACAGGCGGCGUGCUGUGCAGCACAGCGUGCGCCGAGGACGGCGACGUUUCCCAAUGUGCUUCUUCCGCCGCCACCGGCUACAAGUCCUGGAGCAGCCUGGCCUGCUCCCAGAGAUCCAAAGCGUUGCUCAGGUUGGUGAGUGUCCUCGGGCUGCACGGACAGUGUUUGUCAGAGCUGUGCGCGCUGUGUGAGGCGUCCUGCUCGCCCUCGGCCCUGGUCAGACUGCUGCAGUACUACAGCAGCUGGGCUCAGCUCAGAGACACCCUCAUCCCCGGCUGGACAUCUCUCGGCGUGGUGGUAGUUGUCUCCUCUGAUGACUGCUCCCUAUAUUCCCUCAUGCUCAAAGUCCUGCCAGCACUAGCGAUGGGUAACUCUGUGAUUGUCGUUCCGGGUCGGAGUUCUGCCCCCCCAGCACUUCUGCUAGCGCAGCUUUUCACGGCGGCGGGACUUCCUGCCGGGGCUCUUAACGUUUUGACCGGAAGUGAUGUUACGUUGGGCGCCAAAGUGUCCCAGAAUCCCAACGUGAGCUACAUCGCUUACUGUGGCAACAAGCAGGAUGGGCUAACUCUGUGCAAGGCCUCGGCAGGAAUGGGUGUACCCGUGUCUGUCUCCCCGUGCAUCGGCGCUUUGUGCCCCUUCAUCGUCUUCGAGUCGGCCGACAUCGAUAGCGCUGUGGACGAAGUCAUACAGGUUGCCUUCAAGAAGAAGAAAGAGGUCCACUGGGUGCUGUGCGUGCAGGAGAGCGUGUCCGACAGCGUCGUGGCUCGGCUCAAGCUGCGACUGGCAGGCAUGAAGUGCGUUGCUCUGAGCAGCGAGGCAGACAGGGGCCUGGUGGAUGCUGCGGUACAGGAGGCUCAGCAGCAGGGGGCCACGUUGGUCCAGUCCUGCAGCGCCAGUCCUUCUGGGGCCCAGUACCCUCCCACUGUACUCUGUGGGGCGGCCCCAUCCUCUCCGUAUGUGGUCAGCCCCCCUCCUGGACCUCUGCUGCCUCUCCUCACCUUCAGGAGCAACGCAGAAGCUGUGGUCCUGGGAAACCACAGUCCUCACGGCUACGCCGCAUCCAUCUGGACCGAAGACCUCACCCUGGCUCUGGAGACUGCUAAGAGUCUGUCCGUCGGCUCGGUGUGGGUGAACUCCAGCUCCGUCUCCGAUCCCUGUCUUCCUGUCUCUGGCCACAAAGACAGCGGCACCUGCACUGACGGAGGACAGGAGGGUCUGUACCAGUUUCUGCGUCCUUCCUUUUCCUCUCCUCUUCCUCGCUCGUCUCCCGUUUCUUUGGAGUACUCAAAGUUUGGAACGGAACCCAGCCAGCCUGUCAUUCCUGAUAGCCCAGUCGGUGCCAGUUUGCCACAGUCCUACCUGCAGUUCGUUGGUGGUAAAGCCAGUAAAUCAGCGUCUGGCUGCAGUGUGGCUGUCCAGGCACCAGGGGGUGGCAGCGUGUUAGCCCUUUGUCCCGAUGGAGGCCGCAAAGAUGUUCGGAAUGCUGUGGAGGCCGCAAUCAAAGUCCAGCCUGGAUGGAUGAAGAAGAGUCCGUCUGCACGCGCUCAGUCCCUCUACUCGCUGGCCAAAGGCCUAGAAUCGAAGAAGAAGGAGGUUUCUGCAUCAAUCUGCACCCAGCUGGGCGUUUCAGGGGAUGAAGCUGACAAAGAGGUGGAGCUCAGCAUCGCCAGGUUCAAUGUUUGGGCAGCUUACUGUGACAAAGUACAAGGUGGAUCCCUGCCCAUGCCGCAGUCUGGUGCCGCGCUCUCAUUCCCAGAAGCCCUGGGAGUUGUCGGGAUCGUCUUACCUGACAAACAUCCCCUCCUCUCAAUGGUGACUGUUCUCGGGGCAACCGUUGCCACGGGCAACGCAGUCAUCAUGGUUCCCAGCCAGAGGUUUCCACUCCCCGCCUUGGCUUUCAUUCAGGUGCUCCAGUCCUCAGACCUGCCAGCAGGGCUGGUGAACAUCAUCACAGGGAAUCGUGACCAGCUCACGGCGGCUCUGGCUAAUCACAGCGUCAUCAGGGCUAUCUGGUACUGGGGCAGUGCUGAGGGCUGUCAGUACCUCCAGUACACCUGCACCAGCCCGCUGAAGACCCUGCGACUCUUCUGCCAGAAGGACGGGGAGGGGAGUGAUGCAGGGACGGACUGGGCUCAGUCUCAACCUUCUCUGCUGGAAGACUGGUGGAGAAACGCUGUCCAGUGGAAGAGCGUGUGGAUUCCUACAGCAUGAGAAAGACAACUGUAGUCAGAGUAAUGCUAAAGGCUUUUAGCAGCAGAGAUGACAGAAGUAGAUUACCAGUUAUGGCAGGAGGACGAAUGAGAAGAAAGAAGGAUGUUUAAAUAGCACUUAUUAAUAACAAUACUCAAUUUGAUUUAGUCACUCUUUAUAUUCUGUUCAAUUGCAUCAAAUAUAUGAGGACCGGUAUUUUUUUUUUGACUAACCAGCUGUGAUUAAAAACAACCAGGGCAGGAAGUUCUUCACACUGUCAAAGUAUUUAGAACAAUGCAAAUACAGAACAAUACCAGCGUGAUUUAUUUUGUAAAAGUAACAAUGUUUUGUUUUUGUUAAAAUGGUUCCCUUUACUCUUGAUUUAUCAGUGUUACAUACAUACUGGAUCACUUCCACAUCGGUUCUGGCGAUCUCUCAGAAUCUGAGGGUACAGUUUUCAGAACAAUGUCAGCCUUAGAGUCUGAGACAUUUAUGCCUGUUUGGCCAAAACGCUGCAGGGUGAGCCAGUGGGUUUGUUUUAGUUAAUUUACUCUCAUUUGGUCCGUUGCAGCGCCUGGACUUUAAUGCAAUAUUUGUUGAUACAUCAGUAUUUUUUUUUUUUUAAUACAGUACCUUACAAAUGUUUUUUUUGUUUCACCUGGCGAACAUAAUCUGGGUAUUUCAUUAUGAUUUUCUGUGACAGGCCAGCACAGUGUGGUGCCUCAUUAUGGAUUAAAUGGAAAAACAAAAUUUUUCAAAACUUUCUACAGAUCAAAAUGUGUAUGUUUGUAUUCAGCCCCCUUUAAAUCUGAUGGACCUAAACACCAGAGCACCUUCGUCUUUAUGUUGGUCUCGUCUGGCUUGCUGGCAGACUAUAAACAGGACUUCUUACAGCUUUCCCCACUACUCCAACACUCUGGUUAGACCAUUAAUUAACUCUCAAGGGUUGGUUUUCUUCCAAAUAUCCCGAUUUCCAUUGAAGGCAAAAAAAAAAAAAAAAGUUCAAUUACAGUCUCUGACAGGUGACUAAUUAGGUGGCGUCUGAAGGGAAUUAGUUGCACUAGGUUUGUUUCCGGGCUGUCAGAGUAAACAGGCUGAAUACCAACUCAUGCCGCACUUAUAUCCUUUUUAUUUGUAAGACAUUUUGACAAGAUUGGCUUUUCCAUUUACCUCACAGAUACACACAACUUUGUGCUGGCCUGCUAUGUAAAAUUUAGUGGUUAUGUGACAGAACGUGUGAAAGUUCUAAAGGCAUCAGUACCUUUGGCAAGGUGUUCUAGGUGGUUCUGAGCAGACUUUUGGGGAGUAACAGCCAUACUGUUACUCCCCAAAAGUCUAUUAGCGUCCACAAGAUUGAGACGUUGUCGUAAAUGGGUUGAAAGUGACCUGUAAUGUUGAUGCAGAGAACUGCUUAAAAUGACUGAGCUUUUGAAGGCUCUGUGGUGAGAACAAUUGCACCCCUGUGGAACAGUGCCUGCAUCUGUGACCAAGUAUAAACAGGUCUGUCUGAGUCCUCUCAAUGACUUGGCAAGAAAAACAUGCCAACUCAGGUUAAAAUGAUGGAACUUUAUGCUUGGAUUGCUUUAAUUACUGUAAAAUAAACCUGUAUCCCAGAGCCUCUAGGUUUACUAUGCAACAUAUUCUCCACAAUAUUUGAAAGCCGGUGUUGAAGUUGUGAAAUGAAAUGGAUUUUUACUUUUUGUUACCACAAUUUUCCCUGUCAUAAGCCAUAAAUUAAAGGAGAAUUACACCAAG